AUGGUAUCUUUGACAGUCAAUGAUACUCGAGAGACGACAGCUCCUGCAGCUUCUCAACGAGUCGUGAUGACAUCACUCUUUAUCAGUGCUCUUGCCUUACCCGUGUGGUUUAUAUUGGCUUUGGCGGGUUGUAUUACUGGUAUAUUUCUUUUCUUGCCUUGGUCUUCAAAUACAGGACAAAUUGUAUUCAUGGCGGUAUCUGUUUUGCUUGGAUCACUCUUUGCUGGACUCCAUUGGUGUCUCUCUCGACAUCGAAUGAUACCUUCUUUGCAGGUAAGAGAUGCGACAGACCCUUGUACAGAUGGUAGUAUUACUUGCCAUCACCUUCAUCAUAAUCAACAACAACAACAACAACAACAACAUGAUCAUCAUUUCCUUAGUAAUGGGAGUAGGCAUUGUUGUUCCUGGGCUUCUUUUUGGUAUACUCACGUUAGAGAUGCAUUGCCAGCUAUGGAAUUGCUGGUACUAGGAAUCUUGGUUCUUCUUUCUCCACAUGUUAUGAUGGAUAAUACAGGGGGAGAUGGUAUUAUCGCUUCCCCUGAUAAAGAUAAAGAGAAUGGGAUAAUAUAUCCAGUAGAAAUUGUAUGGAAGGUAUGUAGUCUGCAUUUCCUUUUUCUUUUUUCUACCUGUAUUUCAAUUGCUGUAGACCUUGGUAUUGGCAUUAUACAUUUUGGCGUUCUCAUGGCAAACUACAAACGAUUAGGAACUGGAACUAUACUGGUUUCUGUAGUUUGGCUUAUAGUACCAUUUUUUUGUGUUCUAGUUGCUGUUAUCCAAUAUCAACGACGAUUACGUUUACAAAGACAACGACAUCAACGAUGGAGUGAAACGGAAGAUUUGUAUGUUGUUAAUGAUGAAACCCCUAGUGCUCGUUUAAAUGGGUAUAUGUUUCAGUGUAUGUUAGAUACUGUGGGAAAUGAAAUGUUACCACCAUCUGUUUUUGGUAAAUCUAGUCAUCUUGAUCCUAGAGGAGUUUUACCUACAUCAGCAUUCCGUUUUCGUAGACGAUCUAGUGGAAAUGAUACACAGAAUACAGAACCACUUAUUUCAGACGUACAGCAAUAUGAGAAGAAAACAGAUUCACCCUUUGCGGAACUUUUUUAUCCUUAUUUAGUAUUAAGUUUAGAGGAUAAUGUUAUUAAGAGUGUAAGCUUGGGGUUUGCGGCACAUGUAGGUAUGAAUGUUGGAAGUCUUGUGGGUCGAAAAUUAGCUGUUGUUCUCAGAGAACUAGAAGUGGAAAAUAUAGGUGAAAUUAUGAGUGUUAUUCACACAAUGACUCAUCCUGUUGCCAUGGAUAGUCCCUCACUUUCUACCACAGCAGCAUCUACAUCAAGAUUAGCGAACUGGCAUAGAGAGAAAGUAGAUGGUCAACUCUUACGAAACAGAAAUAACACUUGUAGAGGUAAUUUUUUAUCAAAAGAGUCUCACUCGGAGAUGGGGACAGGAGGAGAUAUAGACGGUAAUGAUUACUCCACCAUUCAAGGGACUGUUACACCUGCUAGAAUGGGGGAUUCUGAUGUACAACGUAUAUUAAUACGUGGUAGAAGACCACGUCAAACAUCUAACAUAAAUGAUAUGGGUAUUCCUACUGUAUUUUCUCACUCUCGUACUGGUAGUACUGCUGCUUUUGGUAAUGUUGGAAAUGGAAAUCACAGUAGAUCACCUACACUUAGUGGUGGUCCAUGUAAAGAACCAUCAGGGUUGUAUUUCUCUCUCUUUCUAGAUGUAUGGAAGGAACAUCGAAAUGGAACUGGAAAUAGUGUUAUAGUGCUCCGACAACCUCGUUUACACUGGGCAUUAGAUUGGACACCACUACCGUGUUUUCUUGUCCAUCCCACAACAGGGAGAGUUUUAUACUGGAGUCGAGAAGCCGAAAGAUUAACAGGUCAAUUAGCAUAUAAAGUGGUGGGUUGGCCAGUUCACGUAGCUCCAUUACCGGAAUCAUUGAUGAUAUCAAAAGAUAGUUAUCACGAUCAACACAAUUCAGAAGGAGGAGUCCAACAACAACAAGAACAACAAGAACAGGAACGAAAUUCAACAACAGAACGAUGGACACGAUUAGAAUCACCAUUACAAGCCAUUUUAGAUCUUCCCUUCUCUGGGACGGGUUCUUUAAUAGUUUCACUACAACCGAUUAGUGGAGAAUCUGUAGGGGAUGAAGCUGCCGCAUUAGAUGAUGGAGUAACAGGUCUUAUGUGGCCUCCACGUGAUCAUAUGAACAUGGAAACGGUAGUUUCUGCGACUCGUAGGGCGGCGAGUUAUCCACGUGGUUUGUCAGAUUUCCCUCAUAUAAAUGAUACGAUGAAGUCUACUAAACGAAAAGAUUCAAAUAUCUUAUUACAACAAGAAGGACCAAUAGAUAAUGUUAUGGGAUCAGUUGGAGGAGUAGGGGUUGUGCAUGAACCGAGAUCAUCCAUACCAGCAACGUCGUGGUAUUUUAGUAAGUUGACUGGAAAGAGAGAUGAUGUGAUUACAUGGGCUAAUUUAGGGGUUCCUUUACUUUUUCUCAUUCAAGAUGAGAUUCAUUUAUCUUCUUCCUCCUCUCUUCCUCAUAAUGAUAUCCAGACUAUCAAACAGGAGCAACAUCCCUUUAAGCAUUCUCUUACAGAGGUGAUGAAAGAGACUCACACCACUCUUUCUGAGGAUACUAGUGGUAAUGCCAAAGGGAAUAUUUCAACAUUGCGAGUAAAUGAACAACUGGCAUCCCCUAAAGCUACAGGGAAAUUUAAACACUUGAAAAAACAUGAAGACCGAAUGACAGCAGUGAAUACGAAAAUUCAAAGUUCACCUGGUAAUGCUGAAUUGGUAGAAGUAUCAUCUGGAGAAGUAGGAAUGAAUAAUAAUAAUAAUAAUACUACUACAGAAAAAACGAAAGAUCAUUAUGACACGGAUGAUGCCGAUGAACGUGCUUCUAGAAGUGUAUUUGGUGGAAGUGCUAAACAAAUUCCUUUGAAUUCUGUAGGUGGAGUAGUAGGACUCACACCAACUCCAUUAUCUGUACAAACUCCACUAUAUGAAAGUAAGAGACCCUCACCACUGCUUGUAAAUCGACAACGAGAAAUGGGAAAUGAAGGGGAUCAGCAUCCCUUUAACAAGAGCCAUAAUAGUAGCAGCAGUUUAGCCAAUAAUAAUAUUGGUAACAAUAAUAUUAUUAUUGAUAAUAAUGAUAACAAUACUACUACUACUAACAAUAAUAAUAAUAAUAAUAAUAAUAAUAAUAAUAAUAAUAAUAAUAAUAAUAAGAGUGACAGCGGUGAAGAAGAGAAAGUGUGCAGAAACUAUGUAGAAGUAAGUAGUGGUCGUGGUGAUGGGUCUGUUCCAGAAACUGGACUACGUAAGAUGAGCACAUCCAUGGGUGCACGCAGUCCUAGUGCAUCCAAGAAUGCAUCCAUUCCACGACUUAUUAGUCCACUACCGGUGGAACGUCCAGUGAGAACGACUCCAGGUGAUGUGGAGAUGAGUACUGAAGCGGUUUCAUCAGGGGUAUUAGGCUCUGUUGAUCCUCAUAGUAGCAGUAAACAACAUAGUGGAGUAAUAGUUGGAGGAGGAGGGGAUAAUCAUUAUCACUCUAAUCAACAGUUACAACACCAGACAAUGAUGUCAAGUUGUCUUGCUACUCCAUCAGGAGCGGAGUCUGUAGGAGUUACGGAUUUUGUAGCCUCUCCGGUAGUUAAUAACAGUCUUACCAUGGAAGAACAACCCCCAUGGGCUAUGUUGAAGAGUAGUGAUGAGUCAACGAUAGCAUCUUGUUUUAUUCGUGUUUUGCCUGGUGAACCAUUUCGUUUUGGUCGAAGUAGUAAAUGCCAUGGGACGACAUCUGAUGCCUUAGUAAGUAGUAUUCACUUUGUAAUUAUUAGAGAACCGUGUCAACAGUCACAAUACGGAGAAUCCAUUAUAAAUCCAUAUUUUAAUAAUAAUAAUAAUAAUGGUAGUAAUAAUGGUAAUAAUAAUAAAAAAGGUUCUUGUAGUAGUCAACGACAAGCAUCAUCUCUUUCCAGUCCACCCCAUCCCCAUUUAACAAAUGGUUGGGUCAUUAAAUUACGCGAUACUAGCGCCAAUGGAACAUAUGUAAAUGUAAAGAAAGUUGGAAAAGGAAAAUCAUGUGUACUACAUGAUCAUGAUCUUGUAACAUUUCGACUAAACUCCACUCGUUUUUUCCUGGGAUUUCAAUUUUUAUUAACAGAUGAACGAGGAGUCCCACUUCGAGAAUCCGCAGCCAUAGGACCAACCCUUUCUCGUGUAAGUUCUCUUGUUUUGUCUAGACGUGGUACCCCACAUCAUCAGCAGCGACACUCCUCAGAGAAUGCAAGUCUUAUUGCUGGUAGUGGUAGUCAAACCAAUGCCACUGGAUUUGGAAUAAAUGCCAGUAAUAGUAAUAAUAAUAAUAAUGGAGGACGACGGGCCGCAACUGCAACAAGAAGUCGAAGUAGUCGUCCAGGCGGUGGACCACAACAUCGAGAAACAAUUGAGUGGAAGAUUGGAGAGGAAGAAUUGGGAAGUGGUGGGAAUGCAAAGGUCUAUCUUGGGAUAAAUCUUACAAAUGGAAAACUUAUAGCCGUCAAACGGGUACCAUUACCAGCAACAGAUCUUGAUGGUCAAAAUAAUAAGGAUGUAUUACAGCAAUAUAGAAGUUUACAAGAGGAAAUUAAUGUUCUUUCUAAAGCUGUACAUCCAAAUAUUGUCCAAUACUAUGGAUCAUCUCAAAAUAAAACUCAUUUUAAUAUUCUUCUAGAGUUUGUGCCUGGUGGAUCUUUACGACAUCUUUUAGAUAACUUUGGAGCUUUAAGUCCAGGUGUCAUUUGCUCUUAUCUUCGUCAAAUGUUAGAGGGUUUACGUUAUCUACAUCAGCGGAAUAUUGUUCAUUCAGAUUUAAAAUCUGCCAAUAUACUUGUAACAGAUAAGGGUCGUGUAAAGUUAGCAGAUUUUGGUACAGCAAAACUUCUUAAUAGACAACACAGUCAAUCUUUAAAUCGUGCUGGUGAAACAGAAGAUCCUAAAUCUGUAGAUGUGGCUACACUUCACGUGGCGGGAACACUGCGGUGGAUGGCACCAGAACUCUUUCGGGAUAGUAGUAAUAAAGGUCCUACCAAGGCAAGUGAUAUGUGGUCUGUAGGAUGUGUGUUAAUUGAGAUGAUUUCCACAGAAGCCCCUUGGCAUGAAUAUGAAUUAAAAACAGAGGAGGAUAUUGUAAACUUGCUAAAAUACAGCAAUGAACCACCAGAAAUACCGGAAUGUAGUGAGUUUCCUGAAAUGAUGAGUAUCGCAAAAAGUUGCUUGGUCUUUUUACCAGAGGAAAGACCUACAUGCGAGGAUCUUCUCCAGCUAGUUGUAGAGGCAACUGAAAAGCUUGAGCAGCGAUUGGAGAAAUCCACCGCAUCACGUGGGGCUUCUCUUGCAAUGGAUCCAGCCGUACCAGUAUUAUUACCAGCAGAAACUACAGCAAUACUACCAACAACAACAACAACAACAACAACAACAACAACAACAACAACAACAACAACAAGAGGAGGAGGAGGAUUAAGAGGAGAACAUGGGGGAUCUAAUUAUGAGGCUAAUGAUGCCAUUAUGAGCAAUCAUCAUACAAUGAAUGAGAGAACGGAGGGAGGAUUACUACAGCAGCAUUAUGGGACUCACAGUGAUUCAGAGGCGAUGGCCUCAAAAGAGCCAAAGGAGAAUUUGUAA